ACAAGUCGUCGUCAAUGGGAGAGGACCGGUGGUAGUCGGGAUUUUAGAUUCGCUCAGGCUUGAAAUCUGAUUCGGCCAAUCAGAGCGCCGGUAUUGUAUCUGAGCUAAGCGGCUCUCUCCUCGGCUAUGUCACAGGAUUCCGAGUGUGCUCGACCACCGAACCUCACUUUUGCCCUGCAUCACCAAUUCCACGCCUGUACACUCACCGGGGGUUUUGCCAAUGGCUUCAAUUAUUCGUCCUACGGUGCUGAGGCAAUCUUGCCUGGCCGCCGCCUCGAAGCGCGCAUACACAACCAAGGUCUCGUCGUCCUUCCCAGCCGUCCUGUCCCAGCCGACACGACCCGCACCAGCACGACAGGCCAUCGAGAGCGCAUUCGCGCCUGGCAAUGUCCGAGUAGCUGCCUUCCACGCCGGUGGCCGCCAGCAGAUUCUCCCUGCAGGUCCCCAGAUCAUUGACGGAACUGCAAACGACGCCGCCGUUGUGCCGCCGACAAACGCCUCCGAGGGCUCCUACCACUGGACCUUCGAGCGCCUCAUCGCCGCCGGCCUCAUCCCCAUCACCAUCGCCCCCUUCGUCGCCGGCUCCGUCAACCCAGCCACUGACGCCAUCAUCUGCGGCGCCGUCCUCGUCCACUCACAUAUCGGCUUCGACGCCAUGAUCGUCGACUACUUCCCCGCCAGGCGCGUGCCGAAGACCAAGAAGGCGCUGGGAUGGGUGCUGAGGGUCGCGACGGUGGCGGUGGGUGUUGGACUUUACGAGUUCGAGACCAAUGAUAUUGGUGUUACGGAGGCGAUCAAGAAGAUCUGGACGGCUUAGAUUGGUUUGCGCGUUUGGGAUUGGGGUGUGGUGUAUACAUAGUAGCUGGCUAAACAGCAAUACCAAAUGUCAAGUAUUUUCCUGAAGUCUGCUUUGUAUAGCUGCAUUGCAUGUGAUUCGAGAGGGAAAAUUAAGACGUAAUAAAGAUACACAUUCACUUGCAG